AUGGCUAGGAGGGCUCUGUUUUACGCUACAGCUCAGAAGAAGAAGAGCCUCCACCACCACCAUGGAAACCCACGACCCCCCCUUCAGCACCUUCACCGCCUCGCCCCCCUCCCCACCCCCCUCACCCCCCUCACCCCCCUCACCCCCUCCCCCCUCGACACCCACACCUGCCGCAUCUGCUUUGACCAAGUGCCCUACCCCUACGCCCCCGACCCCGAGCUCGGCCGCCUCAUCUCCCCCUGCACCUGCAAGGGCUCCUCCCGCUACGUGCACCAAGGCUGCCUACAACAAUGGCGCCUCCUCUCGGCGAACCAAACAAACUUCUACCAAUGCCCCACCUGCCACUACCAGUACCGCUUCCGCCGCCUCAAGCUGGCCGCCAUCAUCGGCUCCCCCGCGCUGCGCUUCGGCCUCACAACCGGCAUCAUGGUGCUCGCCGUGUAUCUGCUCGGCUUCGUCUCCGAGCCCAUCAUCAACACGUAUCUUGACCCGCCGGCGCUGUUUCUUGGCCGCACCUCCUCCACCACCGGGGGCGCGGCGGCGGUGGUGCAGCAGCCGUUGUCGCUGACGGGACGCGCGGGCGGCGUGGUCGAGCAUAUGUUGAAGGGCUUUGCGUCGCUGGGGCUGCUGGGGUUUCUGAAGGUGGUGUAUCUGCUGCCGAAUCCGGUGUGGAAUCUGCGUAGUAGUGGGAUUGGCAGUGGGAUUGGACGGACGGGUAGGGACCGGGCGGCGCAGAUUAGUUGGGUGGUGGUGGCGAUCGGGGUGGUGAAUUUCUUUGUGUUUACGUGGGGACAGGUGGGUGGGUGGGUGAAGGUGUGGAUGGAGAGGGCGGCGGAGGAGAUCUUGGAGGUGGGCCAGGAGGAGGAGGGGAAGGAGAGGGGGGGGAAGGGGGGGAAGGAGGACUAG